GAGCUGGCUGGCGAGCAGCCUGGCGGCACCAGGGAGAGCCUGUAUAGUGCCAGGUGGUGCCUUGGGUUCCAGGCUGAGCCCAUGACCCCGAUAACCUUCUGCCUGUGCACAUACCUGCCCCCCACUCCACCCCCAUCCAGGCUUUGGUAUCGGAGAGGGGGCACAGGGCCAGACAGACCUGUGAGACUUUGGCUCCGUCUCUACAAAAGGGCAUUCUGUGAGUCAGCCUGCUCCCCUCCAGGCUUGCUCCUCCCUAACCCAGCUCCUGUCUCUGAUGCACGUACAGCCCGUACACACCAUGUCCCGACACCCCGCAGUCAGCCGCAUGGCUCCCCUGUGCCCCAGCCCCUGGCUCCCUCUGUUGAUCCCGGCCCCUGGCCAGGACCCCGCUGUGCAACUGCUGUUGUUACUGCUGCUCCUGGUGCCUGCCCAUCCCCAGAGCCUGCCCCAGAUGCAGGAAACUCCCCCCAUGGGAGGAGAUUCAUCUGGGGAAGAGGAUCCACUGGGCGAGAAUGACCUCCCCAGUGAGGAGGACCCACCUGGAGAGGAGGACCCACCUGGAAUGAAGACUGAAACAGAAGAAGAGGACUCUCUGAAGUUAGAGGACCUACCUACUGUUGAGGCUCCCAGGGACACUAGAGGCCCCCAGAAUAAUGCCCACAGGGACAAUAAAGGUGAUGACCACAGACGCUGGCGCUACGGAGGCGACCCGCCCUGGCCCCAGGUGUCCCCAGCCUGCGCAGGCCGCUUCCAAUCCCCGGUGGAUAUCUCCCCCGAGCUCACCGCAUUUUGCCCAGCGCUGCGCCCGCUGCAACUCUUGGGCUUUGAGCUCCCGCCGAUCCCAGAAUUGCGCCUGCGCAACAAUGGCCACACGGUGCAGCUGACCCUGCCUCCAGGGCUGGACAUGGCCCUGGGCCCCGGGCGGGAGUACCGGGCCUUGCAGCUACAUCUGCACUGGGGGGCUGCGGGCCUCCCGGGCUCGGAGCACACGGUUGGCGGCCACCGUUUCCCGGCCGAGGAAGGCCCAGAAGAAAACAGCGCCUAUGAGCAGUUGCUGUCACAUUUGGAAGAAAUCACUGAGGAAGACUCAGAGACUUGGAUCCCAGGACUGGACGUGUCUGCACUGCUGCCCUCUGACCUCAGCCGCUACUUCCAAUAUGAGGGGUCCCUGACCACACCCCCCUGUGCCCAGGGGGUCAUCUGGACUGUGUUCAACCAGACAGUGAGGCUGAGUGCUAAGCAGCUCCACACCCUCUCUGGCUCCCUGUGGGGACCUGACGACUCUCGGCUACAGCUGAACUUCCGAGCCACACAGCCUUUGAAUGGGCGAGUGAUUGAGGCCUCCUUCCCUGCUGGAGUGGACAGCAGCCUUAGGACUGCUGAGCCAGGUGCAGUCCACCUGAAUUCCUGCCUCGCUGCGGACUCAGAAGUGGGACCAAAGGGAGUGUUAGCUACCACCCAGCAGAGGUCACCGAGACCGUCGCCUAGAGGCCUGGAACUUGGAGAAUGUGCAGAGAGAAGCAGCCAGAGGAAUCUGAGGAGCAGCUGGAGACUUUGUUCUGUCCUGCCCAUCACACCACUUCCUUUUUAACCUCCAAGGUUUUUUUAAAAAAUAAAUGUUUCUAAUGAAAUAUG